UUUCAGAUUUUCAGUAGCAGAGACGGGAGGAUGACAUAUCCAAGGUUUCCUUUUAAUGGUGGAGUUUAUCAUCACAGGUUUUUGGUGAUUGAAGAAGAUAUGGGUGGCAUUAUAAUGAACUCCUCGUAUUUUGAUGGAACUUAUGGUGAUCUCUAUAAGCCAGCACUGAUCAUUGGAGCGGUCUUUGUCUUGGUUUCAUUGUUUCUUUCCAUCAUUCUCAUGUUGCAACAUCUCCGAUGGUAUACUAAUCCCCCGGAACAAAAAUGGAUUGUAGCUGUGCUGUUCAUGGUUCCGUUCUAUGCUUGUGAGUCUAUUAUAUCAUUAUGGAAUCCGAAAUUAUCUGUCGCAUGUGACAUCAUAAGGAAUUGUUACGAAGCAUUUGCUUUGUAUUCUUUUGGCAGAUAUUUAGUUGCCUGUCUUGGUGGUGAACGAAGAGUUGUACAACUACUCGAAUAUGAAUCAAGAAAACAACUCUCGGAGCCAUUACUGGAAGAAGAGAGCAAGAAUAAGACAUUACAAAAUCCAUCAUUCAAACACUUUUUUUUCCAACCGCAAGUUCUUGGAGAAAACUUGUACACAAUUGUAAAAUUUGGUCUUGUACAAUAUAUGAUUCUGAAGACGGUUUGUUCAUUAUUGGCAUUGAUAUUAGAGGUUUUUGGGGUUUAUGGAGACGGAGAAUUCAAGUGGUAUUAUGGGUACCCUUAUAUAGCUCUAGUAUAUAACUUCAGUCAGAUGUGGGCUCUGUACUGUCUCGUGAAGUUCUAUAAUGCCACUCAUGAAAAGCUACAACCAAUAAAACCACUUGCCAAGUUCAUUAGCUUUAAAGCUAUUGUAUUUGCAACUUGGUGGCAAGGUAUGGGUAUCUCAAUACUGUGUGCAGUUGGCGUUUUACCUAAAGAGGGGAAAUUUCAAAAUGCACUUCAAGAUUUUCUCAUAUGUAUAGAAAUGGCUAUUGCAGCAGUUGCGCACGUUUUUGUCUUCUCGCCCAAACCGUAUCGUUUCCUGACAGUCUCUGAACAAGGAAAAGUCACUUCCAUUACAACCAAAGCCAACCUCAAGGUAGAGGAGGAUGGUAAAGAGAAACAAGCAGUGGUUGAACAAAAGGAAACCCGGGUGGAGGCCCCUGGAACAAGUGUUACAGAGAGCGUACAGGAUAUCGUGCUUGGAGGUGGUCAACAUGUUGUCAAGGAUGUUGUUUUGACAAUAAACCAAGCAAUGGAACCAGUGGAGAAGGGAGUGACCAAAAUACAAGAAAAGUUUCAUCACAUUUCAAUCGGUUCCGAAAAGGAAGGACCUAAGGUAGAGGUUGAACAAAUAGAAGAAAACAUUUCAGGAGACGGAUCCAACUUGGAACGAUCUGAAGAGAUAAUUACUCACGAUGAAACUGACAGAUAGGAAAAAUGAAAAUAUCCUGGAUACAAAUUGCUUUGAGGUGCUCCGACAUAGAAACCUCCCUAAAGGUUCAGUCUGUAGGUGGUUGUUAGCUGUUUGUUGAAAGAUUUUUCGACGGAUAAUUUGUAAGAAAAUAAUUUUUCAGUAUAGUACGAAAUU